CAUCGGUGGGCAGUUCUGCUACAUGCUAUGCCUCGCAGUUGUAUAUACAAAUGUGCUGUUGUUCAGCAUCCCAAAAUGCUCUUCAGAACGGUGCGCUAGGGAGGACAAGAUGUCGUUUUGAACCCCCCGAGUCGCCAGGGUUCAGCGAACCGUACGCAAUAUCUCAUGGAGGAAAAAUGUAUUUUAUCUGUCAAUUCAAGAUUUCAAGUUGUCGAUGUACAGCUGCGCUGACUCAAACCCAAUACUCUCCAUGAAAAGUCUCAGGUGGUGAUGACCAAAUCAGGGAAUUUCAAAUGUCGCCUCACGUCCAUUUACGGACGACUUUCUCGUUUGCUUUCGACCACAACCAUCUCACUCUCUGUCCUCUCUACACCAUGGUCAAUCUUUCUGAACUCGUAGUGGACUUUGAGGUGAAUCCGCAUGAUGAGUGUCCUGAAGUACUGCAGACCAUCAGCAUGGAGGUCGUGCAGCCUGGCAACUCAGGCGGUCGGAUAGCUUCUCUGGACGGGUUCAUCAUCUCUCGAGGACGCUGUGGCGAUGGUUUUCACUCAAUUCUGGACGAAGAAAGUGAUGAGCUGCACCGGUUCUCUGUAGCUCUGUUCGAUAAGUACGGCAAGGUCAAGUCUCACAUUGUCUCAGAGGGAUUUCGGAGUGGUACUCGCUGCUGGGGGAGGGAACUCAAUGUUGGAAAGAUUAUUUAUGUGGUCGAUGUUACCGUGCACAAGGAUCGACGACAAGGAAUUGGAUCGUUCGUCCUUCAGAAGCUAUUCGAGUCUGAGUACGUGCAAGACGAAGACAUCGUCAUAUCCUGGCCGGUAUCGAGAGAUGCUUCGAAUGACAUCCUGGUUGCCUUUUUCCGUAAAAACGGCUUUCGCCGGAUUGGACGUACAAAUUUCUUAGGCUACUCUCCCAAUCCAAACCACCCAUCUCGUCGUAUUCUACCCGGGAACGACGUCGAGUCUUUGGAAGACAAGUUUCCAGAAAGCCCCUCUAUCCCUUCCAACGAACUGAUAGCCCGCGGACUCGAUGUCAUUAAUGAGGAGCGCUGGAAGAAGUAUCCUCUCCACUAUGCUAUCGUCAACAAAGACACGCCCGAUAUCACUACGGUCAUUCAGUCUUUCUACGACAAGGAUCCUGCAAGUAUUCACGUACCAGAUGACCGAGGUUUUCUCCCCGUUUUCGUUGCUGCGCGUGCACAAAAUGUUCACGCUCUCAACAAGCUCAUCGAACUCGGCGUCGCUGAAGACCUGAACAAUACCAACAAUGCCGAAGGAGUCACUCCCCUAGAGAGCGUGCUGGAUAGCAUGCAAUCAACCCGCGAAUUCUGCGAGGCCAUGCUCGGCACGUGGCCGGGUAAUUCGGAAAAGGACAUCAAAAUCGUUCGCAUACUGAAGACGGCGAUGGAACUUCCUGAAGAUAGUGAUGGUCAGCUUCCGUUUGGCUGCACAUGUGGACAGUGCUCCGGCGGUUGGCUCUCUCCUCGGAUGCGAUUUGCUUUGCAAGUUCAGGCUGCCUUCUAUAUGGACACUCUACCGAUGGACCUAAGCAGCUUCACGCGCGGCGAAGCGCUUGACGCCUCAGAAGAAAUGAUCGGAUGCGGGACGACGGCUUAUCUUCCACCGGCGCUUCAAAGAAACAUGUUCAAGUCCUUCUACAGGGGGUUCACGACCAUAUUCGAGGUCAUCUAUAAGAUCCUAAAGAACGACUCUCAAAUUCCGAAGCUCCAGGAUAUUGAACGCGACGCGGUAUUUGAGUGGGGUACUUCGUUUUACCUUUCCAAAGGUGGGAGGGUGGAGUAUGCUCUGGAUGCUGUCACAGCUAUUGCAAAGGAGCAGUCAAACUUGGGUGACGGGACGUUCUAUGAAACGUUUGGUGAGGAUGAGGGCUUUGUUCGGCUUCCCGAGUGUGUGAAUGAUGAAGAGUUUGAGAUGGUGAGGGUGAUGCUAGGAUUGGAUCCGAGGAAGUGUUGGGGUCCGUUCUAUUUGGACUAGGUCUCAAUGUUUAACCUGUAUAGUAGUGUCGAUUGUGAUUGCUAGCACAAGUAUGCCCUCGGUUGGUGCGGAUUGGGGAUUGGUGGACCAGAUUUGACGAGAAGAGUGAAGAUUCUGUCCAUUCCUGUAUGCUCAGACGCCGGUGUAUGCCUUUGCGGAGAGGAUGGCGGAUUUGAUCAUUGUAUUCCAAUUCAGCUUAGUUUCGCGCUUCCUUCGCUCUGAGGCUCUUGACAAGCGUUUUUAGCAUCAUCUUCAACAAGAUCAAUUUCUCUUCAACGACCUCUUUUGUCUCAUCUUUCUUACGCCUUCUAGGCGUUGAGAUUAGGUCACUAUGG